UCCACCGUGCGCUCCAGCCACACGCCCCACGGGAAGCGCACACGAGAGCAGUCAAUUGCCAACUCUUUCAUUUGUUUUCGUUUUUUUUUUCUCUCUCCCGUGUGUGAGGGUGCGUCUGUGCAUCCCUUCUUCGAAAGUCAACAUUUCCUUUUCUGCAAAAUGCAGAGCACCACCAUCACGACGACGCAGAUGAGUCAAGGUGCUUACUCUUUCGGACUCUCGGAGGGGCGUGCUGCCACCAUCACGCUGCAAGCCUCUGCCCAGGAGUGCGGCGUCUCCAGCGCGACGAGUCACCAGAGCAAAAGCAAAGUGCUGAAAAGACAGCGCUCCAGCUCGCCGGAGCUCCUCCGGUGCAAGAGGCGGCUCAGCUUCAACGGACUCGGCUACACCAUCCCGCAGCAGCAGCCCGUGGCGGUCGCCAGGCGCAACGAGCGCGAGAGGAACCGGGUCAAGCAGGUCAACAUGGGCUUCCAAACGCUGCGCCAGCACGUUCCCAACGGCGCAGCCAACAAGAAGAUGAGCAAAGUGGAGACUCUGCGGUCGGCGGUGGAGUAUAUCCGCGCCCUGCAGCAGCUACUGGACGAGCACGACGCGGUGUCGGCCGCGUUUCAGUGCGGGGUGCCGUCGCCGACAAUCUCCAACACCUACUCGGCCGAUCCGGAAUCGCCUCGCUCCAGUUACUCCUCAGACGAAGGGAGCUACGAGCACCUAAGCUCAGAGGAGCAGGAACUGUUGGAUUUCACCACCUGGUUCGACAGAUACUGA